CCGGCGUCUCCCUGCGCCCCGGCCGGCCAUGGCAGCCGCCGACGGCUCGCUCCUCGACGUGGCCGCCGCCCCCAGGACGUUCUCCAGACGACCCCGGGCCCAGGCGGGGCAGCAAGCAAAGGCUACCAAAAGGAAGUACCCAGCGUCCAGUGAGGCUCCCCCAGCAAAACGGAAGAAUGAAACAUCACUUCUCCCAGCCAAGAAAACUAGUGCUAAAGAAACUCAAAGGACUUUUAAGGGGAAUACACAAAAAACGUUUUCUCCAAAGAAGUAUUCAGUUAGCACAAAUGAUAGAAACCAAGAGGAGAAACGGUGCAUUAAGACUUCAUCGUUGUUUAAAAACAACCCUGAAAUUCCAGAACUCCACAGACCUGUAGUAAAACAGGUGCAAGAAAAAGUGUUUACUUCAGCUGCUUUUCAUGAAUUGGGCCUUCACCCACAUUUAAUAUCCACAAUAAAUACGGUCUUAAAAAUGUCUAGUAUGACCCGUGUUCAGAAGCAAACUAUUCCUGCAUUGCUGGAAGGCAGAGAUGCUCUCGUGAGAUCCCAGACGGGCUCAGGUAAAACUCUCGCCUAUUGCAUCCCUGUGGUGCAGUCCCUGCAAGCAAUGCAAUCAAAAAUACAGGUGAGUAAGGGAUCCUGUUCAUUAUCUAUAACUUUUUAAUAUUUACAGCUGGCUCUACAAAGCUUUGACACUGUCCAGAAACUGCUUAAGCCAUUUACCUGGAUUGUGCCUGGAGUGUUAAUGGGAGGAGAGAAGAGAAAAUCAGAAAAAGCCAGACUCCGCAAAGGAAUAAAUAUUCUUAUCUCAACUCCUGGACGUCUGGUGGAUCAUAUAAAAUCCACAAAGAACAUUCAUUUUAGUCGGAUACGGUGGUUGGUUUUUGAUGAAGCAGACAGAAUCUUGGAUUUGGGUUUUGAAAAGGAUAUCACAAUAAUACUCAAUGCUAUAAAUGCCGAAUGCCAGGAACGACAGAACGUCUUGCUGUCGGCGACACUCACAGAAGGUGUAACACGGCUAGCUGAUAUCAGUUUGCACAGUCCAGUCACUAUUUCUGUCCUGGACGAAAGCCAUGACCAGUUUAACCCAAAGGGCGAAGUGGCCCAGGAAGUCUCCCCUCCACAAACUGGUGAUGAGCUGAACAGCUUUGCAAUACCAGAGCGUUUGGACCAGCACGUGACAUUGGUUCCCAGCAAACUGAGGCUUGUCUCCCUAGCGGCCUUCAUCCUUCAGAAAUGCAAGUUUGAAAAAGACCAGAAGAUGAUUGUCUUUUUCUCAAGUUGUGAGCUGGUGGAGUUCCACUACCACCUCUUUCUACAGACCCUGCUGAGCAGCUCAGGCACCCCGGCAUUAGGGCAGUUACCAUCUGCCUCCACGCGAUUAAAAUUCCUACGGCUGCAUGGCAACAUGGAGCAGGAGGAAAGAACAGCGGUGUUUCAGGAAUUCUCACAUUCCAAAAGAGGCGUCCUUCUUUGCACGGAUGUUGCAGCUCGGGGCUUAGACCUCCCUCAAGUCACGUGGAUUGUUCAGUACAAUGCUCCGUCCUCACCUGCAGAAUACAUCCACCGGAUUGGAAGAACUGCCCGGAUUGGCUGCCAUGGGAGCAGCCUGCUCAUUUUGGCUCCUUCGGAGGCAGAAUAUGUCAACUCGUUGGCUUCUCACAAAAUCAACGUUUCUGAGAUUAAGAUGGAAGAUAUUUUGUCUGUUCUGAUAAGGGAUGAUUGUUUUAAAGGGCGGCGAUGGAGAAACCAGAAAUCCCAUGCUGUUGGCCCCCAGGAAAUCCGAGAGCGAGCCACGGUCUUGCAGACGAUAUUUGAAGAUUAUGUGCACUCCAAUGAGAAGAGGGUCUCUUGGGCAAAGAAAGCUCUGCAGUCCUUCAUCCGAGCCUACGCAACCUACCCCAGAGAGCUGAAGCACAUCUUCCAUGUUCGAUCCCUCCACCUUGGGCAUGUGGCUAAGAGCUUUGGGCUAAGAGAUGCCCCCCAAAAUCUUACUGUCUCAGCGAUAAAGAAGAGGAAAGCGAACCUGAAAAGGCCUGACCUUCAUAAGAAGACCCGGAGUAAACACCACCUUGCUGAAAUCUUACGUUCCGAAUACUCAAGUGGGAUGGAGGCCAGCGUUGCCAAGGUCAAAAAGCAAAACAAACACGAAGAGCCCGGCAGCCGACCGCUGCAGCUCAGUGUGCAGCCAGCGCCCUGUCUCGGCCAUGGGAAAAAAUUAAGAAACGGAAAAAAACCAAAAAAGGCUUACUGAGACAUCGAGACUUCCCGGAAAGUUUUUUAAAAGUCUCCCUCCACAGGACUGGAUCUUAGAGUGAAUCCUGGGGGCCCAGUGGCACUGGUUUGAUGUCCUCUUCUUGUCAGAGAAGCCCUGUGAAAACUAACUGCCGCCUCCCCCUGAAUGCUAAGUCCCUAAGGCUCAUGGGAGCCCCAGCCCUUGUCUUUGUGGGAGGAGCCCUGAUAGAAACCAGAGCGGAGAGAGUCAGCACAGCGUAAAGUAGCCAAAUAACUGCAGACGCUGUCUACGUCUUGUACUCAUCCCGUCAGUGCCAGACAUUUGCCUUCACCCGUGGAUGAGAUUGUGCCCACCACUUGGCGUGAUGAUGUCCCGUGCACCAGCCUGGCAGGGGCUUCCUGCCCCGUAGUAGUUCUGAGGAAGUUUCACAACUUGACUUCAGCCCUAUCAAUGCAUAUAUUGGCUUGAAUUUUGUGAAGUAGGAUGUUAAAAACUGGAUUUGAAUUUGUAAAAACAGAAAAAGAUAGUUAUCAAGUAUUCAUUUUCUUUAUGUACAAAUGCUUUGUUAGACCAAAAGUUUUUGGUCUGGUUCAAAAGUACUAAUGUGUUUUCAGGCACAUUAGGUGCCCUCUUAUUUUCUUCUAGAAACGUGCUUCUGUAAACACAAUGUGCCAUUUACAUGCACUGCUCCUUCUUUCAUGUCCACAGAAAACCCACUCUCUCAGGGCUAAUUGAUUUACUGUUGCCUUUUUAUUAUUUGCCUUUGAAGUCAAAAGGCACCAGCAUCCUGAGCUGUUUUCCCCCCAUCAAAUUCCAUCUUCAAGAAAAGUCUGGGGGUCUUUGUAAUGUAACCCAGGCCACAGCUGCCCUCCCCCCAUUGUGUUUUCUGGAAGGUUUGAAAGAGGCCCCCCGGAGUGCAUUGAUUUCCCAAUAAAUGUAAGAUUUGGACACUUACAGAGGGGUCCAAAAAAGAAAGAGAAAAA